AUGGAUGAAUUAACUGCAAUGGUUCACCAUUCACAUGAAAUGGUAUUAUCAACAGAAGAUGCUUGGACAAUUUUACAAAAUAAAGACAAUAUCAGUGUUGGUAAUAUCAAUAUUAAGGGCAGAAUAUCAUCAAUUAGUGAAAUAUUCAGAGUUAAUAAAGAUAAGUUAUUUUUAAUGAUAAUUGAUGAUAUGGUCAAUAUUAUAGUAAUGAAAGAGGAAUUGUUAAAAUGGAAUGAGUAUCUAGUUCCAGGUCAUGAUUAUAUAUUUACUAGGUUUAAACCUGCAACACUUAAAAAGGGUGUGGAUAUACCUUUCAAAGUUUUUAUGCCUGGAUCAAAAUCAGAAUUAUUCAAGGAUGAUGAUAAUAUAAAGACCUGCAGUCUUACAAAGUGGUUGGAAAGAAAUUCUUUAGAUAAAGAUAAAUUACAUCUAAAUCUUCCCAAACCAACAGAUAAAGAAUUAGACCCUGGCUGUAAAUUUGUCUCUUAUCAGGGGAAGAUAGAAAAGGUUAUUAGUUCUGAAUUUGGAAUUUACAAUCUGGAUGGUAACAUUUUGUUACAUACCAGUUAUUUACCAGCCAGUAAAAGAAUAGUCAUUAUUAAUAUUGGUAGUACUAUAAUAGUUUAUAAUGUACAUCAUGGUACUGGCAAAGUGGCUCCAAGAAUACACCUGUAUUGUUGUAGUAAGAGUACUUUACAAGUAGUAAAUAGUGGUCCACCAACUACUGUCAAAAUUCAUAAUGCUAGCUAUACAGAAGCUGUGAGAACCUGGGUUUAUCAUACAAUAAAUACCUAUAGUUUAAAUAGAAUAGAAUGUGAGAAUUUACAACAUUUUUAUCAAACAGUGUAUUGUCUGUGUAAGGGUUUAAAAAGAGAGAAGUAUGAUGUGAUCAGAUUGCUACAAUCAGUGCUAUCUACGUCAUGUUGUUUAAGACUACAACCGCAGCCACGAAACAUCAUCCAGGAAUUUUUUACAUCCCCUCACAGUUGCUUCUUUAAACAAGUGGGUGAAGCACAUAAAAUACCUAAUAUUGUAACAGUAGAAAGUUUACUGGAACUGGCCUCCAACCAAAGUGACCAGAUAGAAACAUUGAAAACUAAACAUCAACAUAGUCAUCUCACUGGUAAAGAUUUGAGUGAAAAGUUGUAUUGGUCUUAUAAAUUAUCUCCAAACCAAGAUACACAAGGGGUUAUAAUGGGCUGGCUAGAACUAUGUACUACUACUGGACAUCUUAUAUUCUGUGAUGGUAAAAACAGAAUAAACACCAUAAUAACUAGUAAUAACAACCAGCAUAACUGUGAUAGAAACUGUCUAGAUAUCUCUUCUACAACCUCUCAUUGUCCUUUACUUCAACUUCAAACAUUGGGGAAAAUUCUAAUUGUGAAAUCUUUUUGUGUCGUGAGCGAACAAUUCAUGGUGGGUCAAUUUUCAAGCAUUGAAUCUCUUAAUACAGACAGUGUUGAUGAAAUUCAACAUAUUCCUUAUCUACAGUUCUCAAUGAGUGACAGUCAUGUUUUUUUACCUUCUAAAAGAAACUCUUCACAAUCAAAGUGUUCCUUAAAAGACAAUUUUAAAAAGAAAAAAGAAGGGAAUUCUGAUGGGCAUUUAUUGGAAACAAAAUCUGCUAAGGGUUCAUUGUGUAAAGGUGUAUUGGCAUCAGAUUCUUCGUCAAAGACUGUCCAGGGAUUCACGGCCCUCAGAAACGAACAAAGAUCCCAUGUCAGUUGUACAACUUCAAGGUCUGCAAACUUUGGUGAAAAUUCAAAAGCAAUUUCUGAAAUAAAUAAUAAUGCACGUGAGAUUCCUUGCUCUGUGAAACCAAUUCCAAAUGGCUGCCUCAAAAGGAAUACGGAUUCGUUUGUCCAUCAGAAUGCUCAGAGUGAUGUGUCCAUGAAUCAAAAUGGCUGCCAAACAGAUACCAGAAAUGUUAAAACUGUGAUGAUAACUCAUAAAGAAUCUUUAAUGACAGAAACAUUUAGAGGUCAAACAAGGUUAAAGUUUACUGCCUUGGGUUGUAUAAUGUAUCCAAUUGCUUGCGAUAAAUCCAAGGGACUUGAGAAUUAUAGAUACGAGCCUAUAGUGUUAGUCUUUCAAGGACCCAGUGUCAAGUGGUAUGAUGUGAUACUAUCAGCUGCAGUGUAUGAAUUUGAUCAGUUGAAGUAUGUAGAUUAUAAAGUACCAUCAUCUAUGCAGUAUCGAGUGAAGACCUCAGUACAAAGAUCUAAAGCUAGAAGAACUGUGACUGUACCAACAGAUACUCAUAUUAAUAGAAUAUUUCUUCAGGAUCAUUCAGUUCAGCCAAAUGAAGGAGUAAAAGAUAUAGAAGAUAUUUUAUCAACAGAAUGUAAAGACGGUCUAGUAUCAGUAAUUGGUAGAAUAGUAGGACGUAAACAUUGUGAAUCUGGACUGCCUCCUAAAGGUGUUGGUUUUAAUGAAGAGAAGUUGAGAAUUGAAAUACAAAGAAACCUUGGUGUCUCUAUGAUAGGUAAUCAGUGUGUACAACUUCAGUUAAAAUCUCUGACUAAUACUAGUGAAAUAACAAUUUAUAUGAAGUUAGAGCGAACAUCAUAUCCUCUAGGUCUAAUACCUGGUACAGUACUCAAGUUUGAACGAUUGGAGAGAAAGACGUCAAAACGUGGCACUGUUUACUGUCAUUAUAUAUCAGUCUCUAGUUGUACAGUGAUAUCAUUUACUACACCUACCCAUAGUUCCCAAGAAAAGCAAAUAGAAGAUAUGAAUAGAAAUGGAGCUAGAGUAGUAUAUAUACUAGAUAAACUACAUGACAGAGAUUCCAAUAUCUUUCUAUGUCAGGGGCGUAUUUAUCAAAUUAUCAGUUUAAAACUAGAGUGUAAAUGUUGUUUAUGUGAUAGCUACAAUGAUAUACCUAUAGCUAUGUUUUUACAACAGCUAUGUAACAGCUCUAGUGUUAAAACAUCAUGGCAGUUUCAGCUGAAACCAUUUUAUAAUCAGAAUAUACAUACUGUUAAGAUGGAAGAUUUAGAAGUAAGAAAUGUACAUGUAGGUGAUACUACUAUACUGACUAAAGGUUUACCAUACUGGACUCUAGAGUGUAUAGAUUUAAAACACAUCAACUAUUCUACAGCUUUACUUAAUUCUUAA